AUGUCCACCUUACGCCGUGCUGCUCCUCCUUCUAUACCCAGGACCAAAAGCAACACCAACAGUCGAAUGGCCAGCCAAUAUACUCCUCCCUCUCACUCCUCCCAAGCUUACAAACACAGCCGUCUAAGCCAAAGCCACAGCCCAAAUAAUGAAGACCAACAAAGUCCUAUAUCAAGCCCUAACGAAAGCCAUGCCUACAGCCACCUCCAACACCAUUCCCGCUUCUCCAUACCCAUCAUACCCUCUUCCCUCCUCUCAACCAAAUCCCUAAACCUUCGAGACAACCUUCGAGAUAUGCGCAACAUGAACAUCACCAAUCUUAAAUACCGCCAACGUCGACGUCUUUUCAAACUCGCCUCCAUCAUCUUCUUUUCCUGUUUGACGCUCUGGUCACUGGUUCACUACUUCUUGCGCCAUGGCUCCUCCUCUGUCGUCGUUUCUUCUACAUCAUUAUUCUCGUCACUACUUUUUUCUUCUUCCGUCUCGAGUAGCAGCAAAGAAGGCGGCAACUUUGAUCCUUCAGAAAGAGAAGAAGAAGGAGACUACGAAGCCAUUACGUCUUCUCGCGCCAGAGCCUCCUCACCUCGGGGAGGAAGCGUGCGAACGCUGACUGAUGAAAUACUAAACAACUUGUUUCUCGAUGCCGAGACUUGUCGGGCUACGUUUCCGGGACUAAUGAAGGAGAUUGAUGAUGCGGUAGCGAAAGGGCCGUUCAAGGUCAAGAGGAGCAGUGAUUUGGGGCCGAUGCAGGUGCGGAUAAAGGAUGGGAAGAUUUAUGUGUUGCAUGCGCAACGGAAAAGGGAUCUGAGUAGGGAGAUGGUUAACUCAAGAACAGCAGCCCUCCAUCAACUUCAUCGCGCCCUGCUCACCUUGCCCCCCUCCGAUCGAUCUCUUGUCUUAGACUUGGACACAAUCCUGACCAUCAACAUCCUCGACACCCCCUUCGGCACUGCACUGCAAUACACCCGCAACGCCGACCCUGUACACGCCCCUUCGGAUCCCGAUGCUCGCACUUUUCUCAUUCCUCACUUCUCCUUCUGGGCAUGGGACCUCCCCUUCAUCGGGUCCAUCUCUCGCGCAGCAUCAGCCAUCACGCACCUCGAAACCACCCAAUUCCAGGGAAACCGCUGGCACUCACACAAAGAUGCCCGCGCGGUCUGGCGGGGGACUACAUGGUUCAACUCGAUCCACAACCCACAGCUGCGGUACAAGCUUGUUUCCAUCGCCAAGGGCAAGCCGUGGGCGGACGUGCAAUCACUCGAGUGGACGACGACGACGACGACGACGGCGGCGGGCAAUGGCGAGAACCAAAAUGCCACCAACUCGCUAGCCAUCGAGGACUUUUGCAAGUACAAAUACGUGCUCCACACCGAAGGCAUUUCCUACUCGGGAAGGUUCCAGUUCCUCCAGAUGUGUGCCUCGGUAACGCUCACGCCGCCGAUCCAGUGGAUGCAGCAUACCACGCACCUUGUCAAACCUUUGUUCUCAAGCGAUCUGGACUUGGACAAGGCUCGGUCGUUGCGGAUGAGAAAGAAUGGCAAGACAAAAGACACCAGGGCCAAGCCGGGAAAGACUGCAAAAGAUGGGAUCUGGACGCCGCACGCGAGACAUGAAAGGGCGUGGCCAAAGAGGUAUGAUGCUAAUGAGGCGAAUAUCGUGUUCGUGAGCCCCGAUUGGUCGGAUUUGGAGGAUACGAUACACUGGUUGGAGGAGCACCCCAAGGUUGCUGAGGGUAUCGCGAGGAGGCAGAGGAAGUUGUUUGUGGGUGGCGGGUACUUUAGUCCGGCGGCGGAGGCGUGUUACUGGAGAGAGCUGGUGAGAGGGUGGGCGAAGAUGGCGAGGCCGGAGAAGGGUUCACUCGGUGUUCUAUGCCACCGAAGCGAGAAAAACAACCCGCUUUCCUGUAAACAUGAUCCCUCCAAACUCCCAAAACGCCAACUUACCGCUCUCGCCCAUGGAUCCGAAUGCUUAACCAAAGAGGUGCCGUUUCAGAACUCCCCGGUCAUAGUAGCCCAAUCAAAGAGCCGUCGCGCCCGGUCUCCAGUUCUCGCCUAUCCUCCUCAUAUCCUCCGCGAACUUUUUGCUCGUGAUUUUCUUUCCGCCUGUCCCCGAAAGCGGCGAAUGCUCCUUGAUAUACGCCGUCUGCAUCGCCUUGAAGACCUGUUCCCUGUGUUAGCAUAUGUUACUCACAACUUUCAUCUCCCCCUCCCUCAACCCAACACUACUAGCCGCAGCCGCCGCCCCUCCCUGCGUCAACCCUCCUGGUUGUCCGCCUCCUCCAUGCCCACCAGCGCCUCCUCCCCCGCCUCUUCCAUCAACUCUCCGUCCCCUCAUGUCUACGACCGCAACAAAUUUGGUGCCCGUAUUCGUCUCGAACCCGUACGCGGCCAAGCGGUCGUCCACCGCAUGCAACAGACCAAAGUCACCGGACAAGCCCACUCCCGCCGCGGCGUUGCGACGGGCGCGCAGGUCAAAGACGUCCAGGGUCGAGGAGAGCAGGAGGUGGAAUUGGAGGGAGGUGCGGGCGGCAACGUAGGUGUUGGUGGAGGGGUCGUAGGAUGGGAAGAUUUGGAUGUGGAGGGGGUUGUUCUGUUUCGGUGA